CCCCCCCGUACCGAGCGGCUGGCGGCGGCGGCGCAGCUUCGUACUGACUGGGCUGCCGGCGGCGCCUCCUCGGGCUCGGCGACAUGGAGUGCGCUGCGGCGGGAGCCGAGUUCAACAUCCUCCUCGCCACCGACUCCUACAAGGUUACACACUACAAGCAAUAUCCACCUAAUACAAGCAAAGUAUAUUCCUACUUUGAAUGUCGUGAAAAGAAGACUGAAAAUUCCAAAUUAAGGAAAGUGAAAUAUGAAGAAACUGUUUUUUAUGGUUUGCAGUACAUUCUGAAUAAAUACUUAAAAGGUAAAGUGGUGACCAAAGAGAAAAUAAAGGAAGCCAAAGAAGUAUAUAGGGAGCAUUUUCAAGAUGAUGUCUUCAAUGAAAAGGGAUGGAACUAUAUUCUGGAGAAAUAUGAUGGCCAUCUUCCUAUAGAAAUAAAGGCUGUUCCUGAGGGCUCUGUAAUUCCCAGAGGAAAUGUUCUUUUCACAGUAGAAAACACAGAUCCAGAGUGCUACUGGCUUACAAAUUGGAUUGAGACUAUUCUUGUGCAGUCAUGGUAUCCAAUCACAGUGGCUACAAACUCUAGAGAGCAGAAAAAGAUUUUGGCCAAAUAUUUGCUAGAGACUUCUGGCAGCUUAGAAGGACUGGAGUAUAAACUGCAUGACUUCGGCUACAGAGGAGUUUCUUCACAAGAGACUGCAGGAAUAGGAGCUUCAGCUCAUUUGGUGAACUUCAAAGGAACAGACACUGUAGCAGGAAUUGCAUUAAUUAAAAAGUACUAUGGUACAAAAGAUCCGGUUCCAGGAUAUUCUGUUCCAGCUGCUGAACACAGUACCAUAACAGCUUGGGGGAAAGAUCAUGAAAAAGAUGCUUUUGAGCACAUAGUGACACAGUUUUCUUCAGUGCCUGUAUCUGUGGUUAGUGACAGCUAUGACAUUUACAAUGCCUGUGAAAGGAUAUGGGGUGAUGACCUACGGCAUAUAAUUGAAGCCCGAAGUCCAGAGGCACCACUUAUUAUUAGACCAGAUUCUGGAAAUCCUCUUGACACUGUUUUAAAGGUCUUGGAGAUUUUAGGGAAGAAGUUUCCUAUUACAGAGAACUCAAAAGGCUACAAGUUGCUGCCACCGUACCUCAAAGUUAUUCAGGGGGAUGGUGUGGAUAUCAACACGUUGCAAGAGAUUGUGGAGGGAAUGAAGAAGAAUAAAUGGAGCAUUGAGAAUAUUGCCUUUGGAUCUGGUGGAGCUUUGUUGCAGAAACUAACCAGAGAUCUCUUAAACUGUUCCUUCAAGUGUAGUUACGUGGUGACCAACGGUCUCGGGGUAAAUGUCUUCAAGGAUCCGGUUGCUGACCCAAACAAGAGGUCGAAGAAAGGCCGACUGUCGCUGCACAGGACGCCUGCCGGGGAGUACGUGACGCUGGAGGAAGGCAAGGGGGAUCUGGAGGAGUAUGGACAGGAUCUCCUUCACACAGUAUUUAAGAAUGGAAAGGUAACGAAGUCGUAUUCGUUUGAUGAAGUAAGACAAAAUGCCAGGCUGAAGAACAGUGAACUAGAAACGGCAUCUCACUAAGUUCCAUUCCAUGUCUGUGUAUGUGUGUGUGUAACAAGUCCGUACUGCAUAGCUACUGGGUUUAUUGUACAGAUUCGUGUGUUUGUGUUUUAUGACAUUGUAGCCAAAUUAUUUGUUGGUUUAUGGACAUACUGCCCUAUCUUUUGCCAGUCUUUAGAAGAGAUGAAGUCAGGAAAUGGUACUUACAUUGUAAAACAUAUUUAAUGCUAAAGUGUGCUUUUUAGGGCCCUUUGCCAGUAGUGAUUCAAUCUGGUAUUGAUCUUUUCACAAAUGAGACAGAGCUGAGAAACUUUUUUAUAUAUAACAGAAUAUCACAAAAUGGAUUUACAUAAAAUUAUCAUAAUUGCUUUAUGUUUAUAUUUAACUUGUAUUUUUGUACAAACAAGAUUGUGUAAAAUAUAUUUAAAGUUUCAAUAAUUAAGUCUUUCCAACUUUUCAUGAUUUUUAUGAGCACAGACUUUCAAGAAAAUAUCUGGGGGGGAAUCCAUUGCCUUUUGUCCAUUAAUCAGCAAAUAAAACAUGGCCUUAAAGUUUGUUGUGGCAUUGUACCAUUCGACGACUCAAUCAGAACUCGUUAUCUCCUUAAGCUCCCAUAGAAUUGCUGACCUCACCGUUUCUUGUAGUUGUCUGUGUUAGUAAAUCUGCAUUAAAGAAAAUUGCUGUUCUUACUAGAAGGCUUAGGUACUACAGACCUUGCUGGCACAGUAAGGUGUGUAAAUGAAAUGCCAAAUUUGAAAGGAUUCUCUACUGCAACUUAACUUGCCAAGUCUAUCCCACUUGGCAUAUGCACCUCAAUAUUUUAAGAGUAAAGUUUUUAAGAGAUCUCCUCUUCCACUAUAGAAUAUAUGUGUAAAAUACUGAAAUAUGGAAGCGGUGUAUUUUAAAGUAAUUACACUUCUGGGUUUAUUUUUCAUAUACUGUAAGUGACAUGACUUUAAAGCAAAAUACUGGACUGGGUAGUGCACUUUUUUACUUUUUUGUAUUUUUUUCAUUGAUUUGCCUUUUGUCAGACUGGAUGUUAAAUUGUAAAAAUGUUCAACUAUUUUUGUUAACGACUUUAAUAAAACUUGAUGCUAGCCAAACUCCUACAUGAAUGGAAGACCUGCUUCCCCUUCUCACCCUCUCUCCUUGGGGUGAGGAGGGGCUUUUAUUUUGCAGAGGGUAACUAAAACGAUACAUUUGAGUGAUCCUUUUUGAACUGCCUGCACUUGAUUGUAUUUGCUCUCUGAAUAUGCUUGAUUUGGAAUAUCUGCUGGAAAGCACAGCUCUUGAGGAUUUUAUUUGAGAAGCUAUGUAGUAACCUGUGAAGUGUUUGAUAGUACUGUAGGAUGGCGCUCUCUAGAAAAAGUACCUCCCUUACUUCAAAGCAAAAACCAGCAGCAAACAGCUCCUGCGUUAUGCUGACGAUCAACUAUCAGCCAACGGCUUCAUAUUCUGACCUGAUCAAUGCUUCUAAUUAGUAAAUGGUGUCACAGGUAAAUCUUAGGAGUCCUCUAAAAUAGUUAAAGCCUACGAUCUGCUUUUAAAGGAAGACUGAAAAGCCAUACUUCAUUGUUCUUAUUCUCUUGCCAAAAAGGGCCACAUUGAAGCACCCAUAGUGUUUCCAAGGUUUGUGGUUUAAGACGUUUAUGCCCAGUCUCAAUAGUUCUUGUUAAGAAAAACUUGUUUUCCACUUGUAGUUUAUGUAAUUAUACAUUUAAGUGAUGUACUGUUAAAAAAAUAGUGCUUUAGUAAGACUCUAAAUGCUGACCUUUCACACUGAGGAACUGCCUUCCCUUUGCUAAUAACGAUACUGUUUGUAUUUGGCCAGGAAUGAUUUUAAGUCUGGACCUAGGAUCGGUAGCAGGUAAAGAGUACAGAGCCUGUUUCACUCCUCCACAUGUGUACUAGGGAAUUUUAUGAUGUAUGGUUUAAGAAAUAAUAAAGUAAGUGCUGCUUUCAUUCUGUACCAAUAAAAAUUUUGAUAACUA